GCGUAUCACGUGAUAAAAGAAAUCUCGACGCCUCCAAUCCCGCCAUCUCUCUCCUCGAUCGGCGUCCGCUUCGUCCAGAUGUCAUCGGCGCUGGUUCCGCUCACCGCCCAACGGAUCCCGUCACCUGCGUUCGGCCUAAGGGCGGUUCACUGUUUCCUCUCAAACCCGAACGAAUCGAGCCAAUUUUUUCGAUGGAGCGUCUCUAGGGUUUGGAUUUGCGUUCAACACAAACCUAGGGCUUCGAUUUAUCUCAAAGCGAAGGAUGAUGAAAGAGAGGUCAAUCACGUUGAGAAUUUGGAUGAAUGCUCUACUGAUCCCCAUGGUUUGGAGAGUGAUAGUGGAAAGAAAACUGCGAAAAAUUUUUCGCCUAAAGAAUUGGUGCAAGACUUAAAGAGAUACGGAAUUGCAGGAGUACUAUCCUAUGGGUUACUUAAUACCAUGUAUUAUCUGGCAACAUUUCUUCUAGUCUGGAGCUGUUCUAGCUUACGGAUUAGCUGGAAGAAAGCUCCUGGAAGAAUGGGCUAUGCUGCAGCUGUUGAAAGAUUCCUUAAAGUAAUGGCAAUGGUGUGGGCUGGUAGCCAGGUCACGAAAAUAAUCCGAGCUGGAGGGGCUCUUGCACUAGCUCCAUUUGUAGAUAAAGGCUUGUCUUGGUUCACGAUCAAGUUCAAUUUCGAGUCUAAAGGAAAGGCAUUCGCAGCCAUUGCAGGGAUGUGUUUUGGACUGGCUCUUCUCCUCUUCGUCGGGUUGACAUUAAUGUGGGCUUAGAACCGAGAUUGAAUUUCUUAUCGUAAGGUGAUUUGGAUGGAUUUAAAUAUAUUCAUCGGUGAACUCGUUAUUGGUGACUGGGAAUUCUCAAAGGUUUGAUUUGCGGGAUUCCAUGGUUUCAUGGGACAUUUGUGCCUGUCUGUAUGUCAAAAAUGUUCCUGUAAAGUUUAUACACAGAAGCUCAGCUUGCUUGAAGAAAACAUGUAAUAUAACUUGACCUUACUUGUGUUAACUUCAGGUUACAUUCUGUUCUUGCGUGUUGAACAGAGAUGAAUCUGAACAGCUCAGGCUUGGCAUGUAAAAUACUGAAUGUUUUGUCACUAAUAUUUGUGAUGCAAGUUCAACCAAUCUUGAUACAUUUUUGGGUU